CUAUGCCCUAGGGCUAGUGGAAGACCUAAGAUGGCGGCGUUUGCACGGGGUGCAAUCACUGCGUCCUUACGGGGGUUGCAAGGCGUCCGAAGUAUGAGUCCACUAACAAAAGUCCAGAAACUCGCCAGUUAAUAGUAUUGUGGUUGGAGUGCAAUGGCGCGAUCUCGGCUGACUGCAACCUCCGCCUCCUGGAUUCAAGCUAUUCUCCUGCCUCAGCCUGCCGAGUAGCUGGGAUUACAGGCAUGUGCCACCGCACCCAGCUUAUUUUGUAUUUUUUAGUAGAGAUGGGGUUUCUCCAUGUUGGUCAGGCUGGUCUUGAACUCCUGACCUCAGGUGAUCCGCCCACCUCGGCCUCCCAAAGUGCUGGGAUUACAGGCGUGAGCCACCGCGCCCGGCCAGAACAUUAGUUUUAAACUUCCUAACCCUUGGGAGAAGGCAAAACACUUGAUGAAAUCUACAUAAAGACUAAAACAUUUUACCAAUUUUGCAUUGUUUGUUUGAAAUUGCAUUGACGACUGCCAGACAUGAUGUAUUGAGUAAAAGGAACUUCGGUACACAGGCCUUUAGUGAUGUGGUGGUAAGAUGUAUGGUAAGUGGAAAUGUUCUGUAUACCUAUGAUUAAUUCUUAGCCUGUGCUCCUGGGCUGCGAACUUUGCAACUGCUUCUCAGUCUUCUCUAUCCUCCACUUAUAUGGGAUAUGAUGGCUAGAGGGGGCUGAGUUGGGUAGUUCCUUUACCCCAAGAGAAAGGCUAGAGGGGCAGGUAAUGGGUAUUUCCCUUUCUCCAGGUCAGUUAGGCUCUAAUUAAGUAGUUUGUCUUGAGUGGAGGCCUUGAUAUGAACAGAAUGCUGUUAUGUAUUUCAAAAUGGUUGUAUGUUCUUCCCCUGCUGGAAGUGAGACAGGAAAAGUUCCCUUGUUCCCCUCGCAGGGCACGCGAUGAGGGUGUGGAUUGCUUCUUCAGUGCCUGCUGGCUCAAACCUCUAGGUGGAGCAUGCAGUCAGGCAGGCUGCGGGGCUCUGACCCCACGGCAGUGUCUAGGGUUGAAUUUUGUUUUUGUUUUUUGAGAUGGAGACUCACUCUGUUGCCCAGGCUGGAGUGUAGUGGUGCGAUCUCGGAUCAUUGCAACCCCCGCCUCCCAGGUUCAGGCGAUUCUCCUGCUCAGCCUCCCAAGUAGCUGGGACUACAGGCAUGUGCCACUACGCCUGGCUAAUUUUUGUAUUUUUAGUAGAGACAGGAUUUCACCAUGUUGGUCAGGCUGGCCUUGAACUCCUGACCUCGUGAUCCACCUGCCCCAGCCUCCCAAAGUGCUGGGAUUACAGGCAGGAGCCACUGCACCUGGACCUCUAGGAGUGAAUGUUUACAGCUGAAGCCCCAGUGGGCAUUUGUUACAGGGUGCUCUUUUAGUUUAGCCGUCCAUAGGUGGCUUGUGUUAGUCAGCUCAAUUAAACCCCCUGCCUUAUGGCAAGGACAGAGAACUUUCUGUAUCCUGGGGUUGUUGCCUUGUUGUACUGGAAGAAUUGGAUCACACGUGGGCUUGAGUGCAAGGUUUUAUUGAGUGGAAGUAGCUCCAACAGAUGGGGUUGCCAGAAGAGAUAGGGUUUUCCCCUGGCGUUAGGCUGCUUGGUUGCCCAGGCUCUCCUCUGACUGCCCAGGCCAAACUCCACGUCAUUCGAUGGCCUGCCAGCAUCUGUUGGUGUGCUCUUCCACUGGCAUCCUCCCCUCGACGUCCUCUUGACGUCCAGCCGCUUGUGUCUUCUGCUGCUGCUGUGUUCCUUUCAACGUCCAGCUGCUUGUGUCUCUGCCUGCUAGGGUCUUGGGGUUUUUUUGUUUGUUUGAUUGAGAUGGAGCCUUGCUCUGUCAUCCAGGCUGGAGUGCAGUGGUGCGAUCUCGGCUCACCACAACCUCCACCUCCCCAGUUCAAGCGAUUCUCCUGUCUCAGCCUCUUGAGUAGCUGGAAUUACAGGCACCUGCCACUAGGCCUGGCUAAUAUUUUUUCUUUUUUUUGUGUAUUUUUAGUAGAGUCAGGGUUUCACCAUGUUGGCCAGGCUGGUCUUGAACUCCUGACCUCAGGUGUUCCACCCGCCUCGGCCUCCCAAAGUGCUGGGAUUACAGGUGUGAGCCAUUGCGCCUGGCACAUUACUUUAAGUGUGGUUUUCUUUAGUUCUCUGAACAGGUUUGUAUUAGCUUCCUUGAUGUCUUUGUCUGCUGUGUUUGAGAUCUGUGCUUUUGCGUUGGCGAGCCCCAGCACAAGGGUAGUUUCAGUGAUUUGCAAGGACCCACAGGACUGGCAUAUAAUUGUACUCAUGGAUAUGAGUUAUUCCUGUGAAAGGAUACAAAGCAAAAUCAGCGAAGGGAAAAGAUGUCUGGGGCUAAAGUUUGUUAGAGCCAGGUGCAAGCCUCCAAGUGUUCUCUUCCAAGUAUGGUCACACAGGACAUACCUCAUUUCUCCAGGAAUGCAUUCUGAGAACACAUACGAAGUGUUGUCUACUAGGGAAGCUCAUUAGAGGCUCAGUGACCAUAGCAUUUAUUGGGGGCUGGUCAUGCAGGCACCCUUUGCCUAGCACAUAGCAAAAUUCCAGGCUUGCGGAAGGAAAGCAGGUGUUCAGCACAAACCCCAUUGUUUAUACAGUUUAGCCACAGCGAGCCAUUCUUAUCAGGGAAUAGUGGCAACUCUCUUGAAAUCUAGGUUCUCAGAUGCCAGCUAAGGGCCAUCCUUGAAGGCAGGCCUUUUUAAGUAUAACAGUCUUGGGCCUCAAAUGUAAACUCUAUACCACCUUCUCAAGGCAUUUUUCUGUUACUUGCUUUUUGGUUUCUUAUAUGAAUCUCACUUUUUAAAAAAAAUACCUCAUACUUUUUGCUGAAACCUACACAUUUUAGAUAAUAUAUUGCAGUGAUUUCUGGAUACUGCUACCCCCUCCUCUACUGUGGGGCUCGUUGGUAUUGUUUACUUCUUUGUUUAGUUAUUUGCCAGAACUUAUAGUGUUUUUUUUGUUGUUGUUGUUUGUUUUUUUGUUUUUUUUUUUUUGAGACGGAGUUUUUGCUCUGUUGCCCAGGCUGGAGUGCAGUGGCACGAUCUCGGCUCACAGCAACCUCCGCCUCCUGGGUUCAAGCGAUUCUCCUGCCUCAUCCUCCAGAGUAGCUGGGAUUAGAGGUGCCCGCCACCAUGCCUGGCUAAUUUUUGUAUUUUUAGUAGAGAGGAGGUUUCACCGUGUUGGCCAGGUUGGACUCGAACUCUUGACCUCAGGUGAUCCACCUGCCUCAGUCUCCCAACGUGCUAGGAUUACAGGUGUGAGCCACCGCGCCCGGCUGUGAUGUGUUUUUUAACCUACAGUGUACAUCCUUUGGUGUCCCUCUUUAGUGGGACAGCUUUGGGAAUAAGCAUAGUCACUAUGGAAUGAGUGGUUUUAGUAGGGCUGUCUUUCACAGUGUCUUUUUCUAAUUUCUCUGUUAAUCUGUCAGCCUCUGUUAUCUCACCUAAUCAUUAGUUUGCACUAAUUUCAGACUGAUUACUCUAUUGGUUUUGACCAUGUCCAGGGGCAUAAAUUGCCUUACUAUGUGAUCCAAAUUUGGGCCCUUUUAUAGAGAUAGUAUUUGAGACCAACCUUUGAGGUUGGCUCAGAUCCCAGGUAGGCUCUUAUUUGUCUUUUUCUCUGGUUCUCUCUGGCUGUCUUCUAGCUGGUGUUUCUAUAGCUUGUUGCUCUCAAGUAGUUACUAAUCUUCUCUUAAUAGCUUACCACCCAAAUCUCUAUUGUUAUUGGGAACAUCCUUAGGCUUUUUUUUCUCACCAUUGUGUUCCAAAUUAAGUCAUUUAUUUUGGGGAUACCUUCAGAACUCUGUUAUUGCAGCCUGCCUUUCCCCUCGGGCAAAACCUCUGCAUUGCUGCUCUGGAGCUGAGGGCAAGGAAACUGUCUCAGUUUUCCCUGUGACGCAGGCAAGGUGUUUGGCAGGGGAAGAUGGCCUCUGGUUUUCCUAAAUGUCACCCUAAGGUUAAGUCUUCCCUUUGUGCUAUGUCUCAGACAAUGUUUCCACAUUAUUGUUUCUUUCUCAGUAGUGGUCCUCUUGGUGUUGCUAUACGACAUUUUUAGCCUGGUCACUGGUUGGCAGGAGUGUGCCCUAUCUGUUGUUUUAUUAAUUAAGGCUUAGUUUUAGGCACCAGUGUCCUGGGGUCUCGUGGUUGUGUUAUACUCAGUACUCCUGCCUCUUCCUCCUGCUGUAAUUUUGGACCCAUUGUGUAUUUCUGCUCUUUCUUCAUAGCUAAUUUUUUUUUUCUCUCUGUUUCAUUCUCCCAGGGUCAGAGUUUUUACAACUAUCCUAAUGGCCACAGUGUUUGUUGCCCUUCCUCCCACUGAGUAAGGACUUUGUUUUGUAGAUGGAGUAGGAUCUGAACAGAUUUCUUUGACCUUCCCAAAACAGAUUUUGUUCCCCUCCCCCAGGUGUGUACCUUGAGGGUAAUUUCUCAAGACUGUCAUCAAUCUUUUGUGUGAUCUCUUGAAUGGGUUAGUGGAGAAAAUAUCUGAAUAGUCUGCAGACCUCUCAAUUCUGUGCUGCCCCGUCCUGGGCUUCAUACUCACUUUCCAGUUAACACUUCCCUUUUGCCAAUUGACCAACCAUUUUAGUUGAUCUCUUACUGAUGUCUGAUUGCAUCUACUUUCACAGGUAAGCCAGGGGGUGUGUCUCAUCAUUCCUUUGCGGCACCUCAACUUAGAUUUUGGUUGGCCCCAGUAAGACUCCUGUCUCUGGGGGAUUCAAGGAAAGUUGUGAACUUCUUUCCUAUUCUCCUACCCUCUUUAUUUGUAAGGGUGAAAGUGAUGCUCUCUCUAGCUCUCUACCUACCAGAACCAGAUGAUGUUUUCUAGUCUAGUCUGGUACUGUCUUUCACUUACUGUGAAGCCCCAUUAUAUUUACUGUGAUUUUCUUCAUAUUGUUGGAUUUAUAUCUCUAAUUUAAAAAAAUGAUUUGGUUUGAAGUGGUUUUUUCAUAAUGCAAUCCAAAGUAUCAUAGUCCCCAUGGUUUCUUAGUCUUUCCCUGUUUCUCAUGACCUUGACAGAUUUAAAAAGUGUACUGGUUAGGUAUUUGGUAGAAUAUUUCUCAAUUUGGAUUUGUCUGAUAUAGUCUUAUGAUUAAAUGAUAUUAUGAAUUUUGGGGAAGAAUACCACACAGAUAUACCAUUCUCAUAGCUUCAUAUCAGGAUAUAUAUGUAUACAUACACACACACAUGUACACACAUAUAUACAUACAUGCAUACAUAUGCACACAUAUAUGCAUACACGCAUACAUACACACAUGUAUACAUAUAUACAUAUACACACAUGUGUACAUAUAUGUAUACAUAUACACACAUGUAUACAUAUAUGUAUACAUAAUAUAUACAUAUAUACACACAUAUAUAUGUAUACAUACAUAGAUAUAUAUACACACGAUUUUAGCAUUACUUAUUACUGAGGAUGUUACUCUUAAUCACUUAGUUCAGGUUGCCUGGUUUCUCCACUGUAAAGUUACUGUUUUUCUGUUUCCAUCCUCUAUGCCUUGGAAGUGAGUUACUAAAUUUAGUCCACAUUUAAGGGAAGCAGAAUUAACCUCCAUAUCUGGAGGGGUAUCUACCUGUAUAUAUGUAUUUAUUUUUGGGAAAUUUUCUCUAAGGAAGAUUUUUUUUCUCUCCCUUAUUUAUUUGGUCAUCUGUUUCUAUCAUUCUGGAUUCGUGAAUAAUUAUUAAUUUGUUAAUUAUACAUAAUCCCACAUCUUUUUUUUGGAGCUAUUGCUUACUUUCUGGUACAAGGUAGUAUAGGCUUAUCUUGUAUUCUCCCUGCACCAGCCUUACUUUUAGCCAUUUUAAUAAGGAGCCCGGGUACUUUUUAUUGAAAAAUACAUUUAGAAACCAUGGUCUGAGCACUGAGUGCCCUUUUAGUUACUGAGGUAGCACUGAUUCUGUACCUCCUAAACAGAAAGCUAGAAAAUGUAUGUAUGCAUAGUAAUGUUUGGAUCUAUUUAAUUAUUUUUACAUACACAUGUAUGUAGCUAUGUGUCCAUUAAAGUAAACAUGAAUGUACAGUGAUAUCUGACUCUUAUCUGAGAUUAGCUCUCAUACUUGCUUAUUUUAUUUAUAUAUUUAUUUUUUGAGACCAAGUCUUGCUCUGUUGCCCAGGCUGGAGUGCAGUGGCAUGAUCUCGGCUCACUGCAACCUCCGCCUCCCGGGUUCAAGUGACUCUUCUGCCUCAGCCUCCCAAGUAGCUGGGAUUACAGGUGCCCAUCACCACACCCAGCUAAUUUUUUUUGGUUUUUUUUUGAGACAGAAUCUUGCUCCGUUGCCCAGGCUGGAGUGCAGUGGUGCA